UCAGACGCCACUGUAAGAUCAGGUUCUGAAAUGCAGCAAACAGACCAGCGCAGCCCAGGUGCUGCGACCCGGCCUCGGGAAGGCCGCUCAGGGCCCACACCACCUCCCAGCACCGCCUCCUGCCUCCAUGUUAUCCCAGCACACUCUACCAGAGGGAUCUCCGACGCAGAGCAGAGUUGGCUGGAUCAGACAACGACCAUCCCCCGCGCACCACCUGCACCAGCCACACACGGGUUGGCAUGGAAGGCUCACCCAAAGGGCAGCCCACCUGCCUCCACCCUGGCUGGGGCCCCAGGAAGGGGGAUCCGCAUGCACCAAGGCCUGGCCCUGAGAAAAGGCAGUGAUGGUCCCCUAGCCAGGCAGGAACCUGGGCCGGCGUCUGCUGGGAGACUGGGGCCGAUGCACCGGCUGAGGUCCAGCCUGCUCCCAGCCCAUGGAUCGUGUGAGAACUCCUUCCCCCACCGCGGAGCACAGAAGACCCCGAAGGGCGGCUGGAGGGAGGGCCGCCAGGGCAGGGUGGCUCUGGAGGUGGACACGCAGGGCAGGGCGCCCGGCGCCCCGGGAGCAGGAGGGUCCUCCGGCCGGCGGAAACCAGCCCAAGCCGGGAAGCUCUGCCGCCCACGUGGCCGAGGCUCGGGCUCCGGCAGCCCCCACCCCAGGGCUCCCACCCAGGACCGGGCGCGCGCGCGGGCCCGGGCCGCGGGGGGCACCGCGAGGGCGGCGGGCGGAGCGGACGGCGGGGCGGCGGCGGAGCCCGCGCCCCCCGACGGGCCGGAGGCGGGCGCGCCCGCGGUGGCCGAGGCCGUAGCGCCGGCCUCGCUGGCGCUGCUGGAGCCCGACGUGAGCCCGCCGCCGCCGCCGCCGCCACCGCCUCCCCGGCAGUCGCCGCCCGACGUGUUCGCCGGCUUCGCGCCCCACCCCGCGGCCCUGGGCCCCCCGACGCUGCUGGCCGAGCAGAUGAGCGUGAUCGGCAGCCGCAAGAAGAGUGUGAACAUGACCGAGUGCGUGCCCGUGCCCAGCUCCGAGCACGUCGCCGAGAUCGUGGGUCGCCAGGGGUGCAAGAUCAAGGCUCUGCGUGCUAAGACAAAUACGUACAUCAAGACGCCGGUGCGCGGGGAGGAGCCGGUGUUUAUCGUGACUGGCCGCAAGGAGGACGUGGAGAUGGCCAAGCGUGAGAUCCUGUCCGCCGCCGAGCACUUCUCCGUGAUCCGCGCUACGCGCAGCAAGGCCGGCGGGCUGCCCGGCGCCGCGCAGGGUCCGCCCAACCUGCCGGGACAGACCACCAUCCAGGUGCGCGUGCCCUACCGCGUGGUGGGGCUGGUGGUGGGGCCCAAGGGCGCCACCAUCAAGCGCAUCCAGCAGCGGACGCACACGUACAUCGUGACGCCCGGGCGCGACAAGGAGCCCGUGUUCGCCGUGACGGGCAUGCCCGAGAAUGUGGACCGGGCGCGCGAGGAGAUCGAGGCGCACAUCACGCUGCGCACGGGCUCCUUCACCGACUCGGGCCCCGACAGUGACUUCCAUGCCAACGGCACUGACGUCUGUCUGGACCUGCUCGGAACGGCCGCCGGCCUCUGGGCCAAGGCCCCCAACCCUGGGCGGCGGCCCCCCGCGCCCACAGCAGGCCUCCGCGGGGAUGGGACCCUGGGGGGCCCCGGGGGGCCCGAGGCCUUCUACGCGGGGGGCCGCGGGGGGCCGCCGGUGCCCGAUGCGGGCCCUGCCAGCCCCUACGGGGGCUCGGGCAACGGGGGCUUCACCUUCGGCGGGGAUGGUGCGGGGGCCCCAUCGGGGCCGCCCGCCCCCGAGGACUGUGACUUCGGCUUCGACUUCCUGGCGCUGGACCUGACCGUGCCCGCCGCGGCCACCAUCUGGGCCCCCUUUGAACGGGCCGCGCCGCUGCCGGCCUUUAGCAGCUGCUCGGCCGUCAACGGGGCCCCCGCGCCCCCCGCCCCCGGCGCCCGGCGCAGCAGCGGGGCCGGCACGCCGCGCCACUCGCCCACGCUGCCCGAGCCCGGGGGCCUGGCCCUGGAGCUCCCGCUGGCUCGCCGCGGCGCCCCGGACCCGGUGGGCGCCCUGGCCUGGCGGCCGGCGCAGGGCGCCCUGUCGUCCUUCUCCAGCGGCGCCGGCUUCUCCGCGGCCACCUCGCUGCCCAGCGGUUCCUCGGCCUCUGCGUGUCCCCCGCUGGACUCCAGUGCCUCCGAGGGCGGCCGCAAACCCCCAGCGGCCGCGUCUCCGGCCGCCCCGACCCCCGCUGCCCCCGCCCCGGCUCUGGCGCGGGAGUGCGUGGUGUGCGCGGAGGGCGAGGUGAUGGCCGCGCUCGUGCCCUGCGGCCACAACCUCUUCUGCAUGGACUGCGCCGUCCGCAUCUGCGGCAAGAGCGAGCCCGAGUGCCCGGCCUGCCGCACGCCUGCCACCCAGGCCAUUCGCGUGGAGACGGCUGCCCGACGGCAUCUCAGUUCUUAACAAAUAAACAGUAUUGAGUCGACAGGUUAAAAUAAAACAGAGAGAAAAGGUCUGCUUGCACUUUUUAUUUAAGACCCCCCGCCCCCCAGGGUGAUCUUUUUAAGGA